AUGGGGGAAGCAGGUGACGAAGAAGCGGAAUCUGGAGACGAGAACGAUGAUGAAGACCCUGCACAACUCGAGGCUACUCGGUUGAGACUGGAGGACCAGGCAAGAAAGUAUCUCGCAGCGCAGACGCACGAUGUUGUCAUCCCAUCCUACUCUGCAUGGUUCGACAUGUCCAAGAUUCACCCCGUCGAGCGGCGCGCGCUCCCAGAAUUUUUCAACUCGAGAAACCGCUCCAAAACGCCUACCAUAUACAAAGAUUACCGCGACUUUAUGAUUAACACGUAUCGUCUUCGGCCUACGGAGUACUUGACUGUCACCGCAUGCCGGAGAAACUUGGCAGGCGACGUGUGCGCGAUAAUGCGCGUGCAUGCAUUCUUGGAGCAGUGGGGUUUGAUUAACUAUCAGAUCGACCCGGAAGCGCGACCAGCCGCGCUUGCACCACCUUUCACUGGCCAUUUCCGCGUGAUCCUCGACACGCCUCGGGGCAUGCAGUCAUUGCACCCCGGGACUCGCCCUACUGCCACACAUCCAGCAGCAGCAAUGAACGGUGCGCCGAAGCCAAUGCAACAUCACAGCGGCUCCGGUUCGGCGUCACUUGAGUUGCGAAAUUCAAUCUACCAGACGACAUCUAAAGCAUCACGCUCGGUGACUUCCGCCGAGGCAAAUGCGCUCGCGAAUGGUGUGUCGUCGAAAGGGAACAUGUCGUACCAGUGCGACACCUGUGGGACGGACUGCACCGCACUGCGGUAUCACUCGUUGAAAGUGAAGGACUUUGAGCUGUGUGGUCCGUGCUAUCUCGAUGGGCGCUUCCCGUCGACGAUGUUUAGCGGGGACUUCGUCAGGCUCACUUCUAGUCCGCCUGGUGUCAGCCAUGGCGGGACGGACGACGACUGGACAGACCAGGAGGUACUCCUGUUACUGGAAGGUAUCGAGAUGUUCGAUGAUGACUGGAGCGCAAUCGAGGACCAUGUUGGGACGCGUACGUCUCAGCAGUGUAUCAAGAAAUUCUUGGCCCUACCAAUUGAGGACCCGUACAUUGCCUCUGAAGGCGACGCGGGUGCGCUCCGGUUUGGGCGGAUCCCUUUCGAACAGGCGGAUAAUCCCGUGAUGAGCGUGGUAGCCUUCCUUUCCGGCGUUGUUGGUUCGGGAGUUGCCGCUGAAGCGGCCAAGACUGCUAUGCAUGCCUUGACAGACGGUACCCAAAAGGAAGGCACGGAGAAUACAGUUGACGAAAAAGGGGAGUCUGGUAACAAAAAUGAUGCAGAAGGUGACACUGCAAUGGACGAAGAUGCUCCCGGUGCAUCCGCGGCGGCGAACGCUGAACCAGAAACCAGUACCCCAUCGAAUACUGAAGGGGCAUCUGCCGACGCCGCAAAACCGGCGAAGUCCAAGUUACCCCAAUCACACGUCGCGCGUGCCGCUCAGCUUGCACUCAAGUCUUCUGCCAAAGCCGCUCAGAGCCUAGCAGACGCUGAAGACGUACAUAUCCGCUCGACACUCGCGUCGCUCAUAAAACUCACACUGACGAAACUCGAGCUCAAAACGUCUCAAUUCGAGGAGUUGGAGGAGGUUUUGGAAGAAGAAAGGAAGGGUCUCGAAAGCGCUCGGGUGGCCCUUGUGAACGAGCGCGUUAACCUCAAGCGUAUGCUGGAUGGUGUGAGGAGUGAGCUGGCGAAGAACGGUCGGACAUCCAUCCCCCCAACAAACUUAGGUACCACAGGUCAGGGGACGAUUGCGACUGAGGUAUCGUCCAGCACCCCUCUGGAGGGGGAUGCAGGGCCUCGGAAUGACGGGGAAUUUGCCCAGCUAGGAUGA